GGAGCGCGAGGGGCGUGAGCGGGAGCGCGGGAAGGAGGGCUCCCGGGAUCGAGCAGACCGCAGCGACCGAGUCAAGGACCGUAAGAAGGAGAGGGAGCGGGACCGGGAGCGGGAGCGCGGUAGGGCCCCUGGUGUGGGCGACAGCAGGGGCCGUGAGGCAGCCCCGGAUUCAGCACACAAGCGGCGCCGGUCGACAUCACGAGAGCGGGAGAGAGACAAGGAGCGGGAGCGGGAGCGGGACAAGGAUCGCAGGAGGGAACGUGACUUGGAGGGGGAUCGUGGGCGAGAGCGGGUCCGUGAAAGGGAGCGGGAGAGGGAGCGAGAGCGGCCGAGGGACAAGGACCGUGAACGGGAUCGCGACAAAGACCGAGAUAGGGAGCGGGAGCGAGGACGUGAGGGGGGCCGUGCCAAGGCGCCCAGCAAGGAGGAUAGGAGCCGGGCUGAGGCUGUGGCUAGGGAGCAAGGCCGCAGCGGGGCUGGGGCGCUACAGCGGCAGCCGUCAGCGGGGCGUGCCGACACGGGGGAGGGCAACGCGGGUGCAGCUCCGCGUCGGACAGGCAGCGGGCGGCUUCCGCCACCUCCGCCGCCGCCGCCGCCACCUCCCGCGGGUGCUGCUGUGGCGAGCGCCGGAGGGGCAGCAGCUGCGGCGACAGCGGCGGCAGCAGGUACAGGAAUCUCGGUCGCCGGUGUUGCUGACGUGGACGAUAUCAUGGAUGGUCCGACGCCAGAGCCGCUCGGCGAUGCAGUUGACGUCCCAGGCCCGGGCAUCCCGUCUGCAUCGUUAUCACCCCGGCGUGUUGGUGGCGGUACGGCAGCGCACGGCAAGGGCGGGCGUACGGCAGCUGACAACAGCGGCGGCGGGGCGGCCGCGGCCAAGCGGCGGCGGAUGUCAGCAGCAGGGCUGGACGGCGGAGCGGGCGCGACCCAUGGGUCACCGAAGCGCCUGCAGCGGCAGGCGUCGGCUACCACGUCCCUCGGGGACCUCCUGGGCGAGGGUGAUGGCGGAGGCGGAGACGGCGGCGGCGGGAGUGGCAGGCCGGGGACGCCCAGACAGGCGCGUCGGUCACGGCUGGGCAAAGCGGACCGACCGGUUGAACCGCUCAGCGAUCCCUACUACCACGCAUGGCCGGGCGCCCCUGCCUCCGACCGGCCCCCGCUGGGCUGCGAGGCCGAGGUGCUGUUGCGCCUCCGCAACAUGUCCACGCACCAGCACCUGCAGCAGCACCUGCAGCAGCAGCAGCAGCACACUCAGCAGCAGCAGCUGGGCGACACAGGCGGAACAACAGGAGCAGCAGCAGCCGGAGCAGCUGACGCGGGUUUUGGAGGAGGAGGUGCUGCAGCCGGAGGAGGUGGGGCGGCGGUUCCCUGGAGGCCUACACGGGAGGCCUCGUUGUUUUCCUGGAUUGAGGCGCUGAGGGAGAGGAGGAUGUGGAAGGUAGCGGAGCGCGCUGCACGGGCGGAAGUGGCGGCUGCGGCUGCCUACGCUGCUGCUAGG